AUGUGCAACAUAUUUUCACUUACACUGCCUUUUAGCAAGCUACUUCAAAAACCUGAUAUUGACUUGAAAUGUGCAUUGAAACAUUUUACGGACAUAACUAAAGCACUUGCCAGUCAACGGAACACAGCGAUUGUUUGCUUUAAAGAUUUGUUCCAAGAAGCAAAGGACAUCGCCGAGAAGACAAAUUUUGAUAUUAGUAUUCCAAGAAUAUCACAAGUGCAGAAGAAUCGAGCCAACCACACAAUAAAAGACCCAGAGACAUACUUUAGAGUAUCAGUGUUCCUUUCCAUUCUAGACUCUUUAAUAGAAGACACAAAGUCUUGUUCUCCUGAAGAAACAUUGGAGUUUUACAAUUUUCACGUAUGCAUGCCUGAAUAUCUGAUAACAGUGAUAACCAACUCUAUUCAGAACAUGUUUGAAAAAAUUGAGUGUUUAGUAAGGAGGUACAGUGAACUUUUUGAUAUGUCUCAAGCUGAAAUGAAAUGCUUAUUGAAAGGUGAACUACAGCUUUGGGAAAUGCAAUGGAAAGACACGGACGAAUUUACAAAAACAGCGCUGGACGCGUUAGACAGUUGUAACAGAGAUUUGUUCCCUACAGUCAGCAAGCUACUUCUAGUCUUAGCUACACUUCCCAUCAGCAAUGCUUCUGCAGAGCAUCUACCUUCAAGGUCUACCAUUUCGACAAUCAAAAUGCCCGAACAAGAAGAGUUACAAGAUGAAGCUGAGACAGACUCAAAGAUAGUAAAGGCUGAAGAAGAAUCUUUGAAUGUUCAGGUGUCCUACGAAAAACAAGCCCCAAAAAGAAGUAUAUUUGAAACUCCGCAAUUGCCACAGAAAAAAAGAAUGAACGUACUGCUGCAUCUGUUGUUAUGGAUUAUCUCCUAA